AUGGCUAUGGAUGGUAGCUUCAGCCUGGAAUCUGCACUGGAGAGGUUUCUUGCCCGUUGUCCAAAGCUCCAAUCUUCUCCAAAGUUUGUUUUGCUGACGAAAAAGGGAAAUGCAUUGACUCAAGAUGAAGUGGUGAAAGCUCUAGUUGAGUUGUUUGUGCAUCCAAAUUAUACUAUUCCCUUGAUGGGAUGUUUUCGUCCAAUAGCUCAGAAAAUCGUGGACAAAGCUGUCGAAUUGCUUCGGCUUGUGCCCAAUUUGCGGUCUAAUUCUGACAGCGGAGUUGUAGAAGUUGGGAAAGAUAGAGAUUUAAAUGAAGUUGAAAAUGUGAUUGAGUUCUAUAGUGGAGCUGGGAGGGGUCUGGAUCUUCAUGAGCUUGUUUGUUUAGCCUUCUGUCGCGCCCUUGAGUUGGCACCUUUUUUUUGGGGGUCUAUAGUAGGUUACUUUGAAUUUGCUCCACCUCCAUUUGAACGCAUUUUGAUGGGACCAAAAGUGUCUGAUCUCUGUGUUGAGGUUGGAACGCGUGUAUUGCUUGUGGUAGGGGUGUCCUACCGCCUCCUCUUAGUGAAAUAUGAUUUUUUCUCCAAACUUCAGAAUUGGUCAUGUUUCCUGGACCUUGUCGAGCAGUCUGCAAAUUUUGACAUGCACAAUAGUACUUCGGAUACUGUGGAGGUCAUCGCAGACAUAAGAUGGUGUGGGCUACAGAUAAUUUCCCUCAUUCUUAAGUUAAGUUGUAAAGCAACCGAAAACUUGGGCAUCACAGAUGAAGACGCAUUUUCAUGUUUAUUACGAUGGGAGGAGUUCUGUCAGGACGUAUCAUUUGAGAGCGGUGGCUGGUAUGUUGAAUCAUCCAGACUAAAGGGCUUAGUGUCCCUGGAUGGAAGGAAUGUUUAUUGUCAGAAAAGCUGUUUGCAGUCUUCAUCACAAUGUUCUGACAUUGAGCCACAAACUAAGCGUCAAAGGGAUGAGAGAUCAGCUGGCGAUCCAUUUGUUGUAACUUCAGCGGUGAAGGAAAGUUUUAAGAUGAUGCUCUCAGCUGUGAAGGAAAAGUGGCCUGUUCUUCUGUAUGGUCCCACUGGCUGCGGGAAAUCUGCUCUCAUUAGCAAAUUGUCCCAGGACAGUGGAAAUCAAGUUCUAUCAAUUCACAUGGAUGAUCAAAUUGAUGGUAGAACAUUAAUUGGGAGUUAUGUAUGUACGGAAAAGCCUGGUGAAUUUAGAUGGCAGCCAGGGUCACUUACGCAGGCUGUUUCUAAUGGGUAUUGGGUUGUUUUCGAGGAUAUUGACAAAGCACCCUCUGAUGUGCGUUCUGUUAUAUUACCUUUGCUGGAGGGUGUAAACCUAUUUGCAACUGGGCAUGGACAGGAAAUUAGGGUGCCAGAAAGUUUUCGAAUUUUUUCCACAAUUUCAACCUCUAAGCUUGAUCCGUCUUGCAUUGCAGAAGGUGGGAAUUCACUUUCCAUUUUUUUUAAAGUGUAUGUUUCACCCUCAACUAAUGAGGACUUGCAAAGCAUAGUGAAAGCGUGGUAUCCAAGUUUAGAGCCUCUUGCUGUGAAACUCACAGAAACAUUUGAAAGCAUUAACUCUGCCACAUUACAUCAAACUGGUGGAUUUCAAGCUGGAAAUUCUGCUUCUGUUAGUUACCCAAGUAGAUUCUCCUUAAGGGAUCUCCUCAAAUGGUGCAAGCGUAUAACAGGCCUGGGUUUUAGCUUUGAGGGAGAUGAUUUGUCACCUUAUGCACGUGAUUGUAUCUAUCAGGAGGCGGUUGACAUAUUUGCAGCCUUCUCAACGUCUAUGAAGAACCGGUUAACUUUAAUGCAAUACAUCGCCAGGUUGUGGGAUGUGCCAUCAACUGUUUCAGAUACCUUGUAUCCUCCUAAUAAGCCUGUAGUCCAGGAUUUACUCUCAAAUUUAAGAGUUGGACGAGUUUCCCUCCCUCGCACUCAUGCUGCUAAACCUUUUGUUGAGAUUCGCAGUUCGAUUCACUUGCUUGAAAGAAUUGCUUCAUCUGUUAAGUGGAAUGAGCCUGUUCUAUUGGUUGGUGAAACUGGGACUGGAAAGACUACACUUGUACAGGAUCUGGCAAUGAGGCUUGGUCAUAAGCUAACAGUAUUGAACUUAAGUCAGCAAAGUGAUGUUGCUGACUUGUUAGGGGGAUAUAAGCCCAUGGACGCAAAGUUUGUUUACCUUCCGCUGUAUAAUGAGUUUUGUGAUCUAUUCUCUAAAUCAUUUCAUGUGCAGCUUAAUCCUAAAUUUAUUGGGAAAUUAGAAGACGCUCUUAAGAAGGAGGACUGGGAAAGGUUACUAAAGGGAUUUGAGGUUGGUAUUAAAAAGUUUUUCCAGAAAGUUGAAGAGGCAAGAUCGUUAGUUGAAGAGUCUGGAAAAAAGCGCAAGAAAGCUCCAGUUGAGGAACAAAUCAAAGCCUGGGAAAAUUUCACACUGAAAGUAGAGAAUGCCAGUGCACAUGGAAUGAUAUUUUCGUUUGUGGAAGGAGCUUUUGUAACUGCACUGAGAAAUGGUGAGUGGAUUUUGCUUGAUGAGGUGAAUUUGGCCCCUCCCGAGACGUUGCAGAGGGUAAUCAGUGUGCUUGAAGGGGAGCAUGGAUCACUUUGUUUAGCGGAAAGGGGGGAUAUUCAUUAUAUAGAUAGGCAUCCCAGCUUCCGUUUAUUUGCUUGUAUGAAUCCUGCAACUGAUGCUGGCAAGCGAGAUUUGCCCUUCUCUUUGAGGAGCAGAUUUACAGAGUAUUUUGUUGAUGAUGUGUUGGAUGAUGAAGAUCUAACACUAUUUGUUGGUCAGUUUUUGGGUGACCGAAAAUCAGAUUUGCAAUUAGUAUAUAACAUUGUGUCCUUUUAUAAAAUUGCCAAGAAACUAUCUGAAGAAAAGCUGCAGGAUGGAGCUAAUCAAAAACCACAAUAUAGUUUGAGGUCUCUCUACCGUGCACUAGAAUAUACAACAAAGGCUGAAAGAGAGUUGGAAUUUGGAUUUCCAAAAGCAAUAUACGAUGGGUUCUGUAUGUUUUUUCUCACUUUAUUGGAUAAAAGCAGUGCUUUGGUUAUGGAAGAAACAAUCUUGAAGUAUUUGUUAGGUGGAAAAGUUCCUAAGGAAGUACCUUAUUUUAAGUACUUAAGUGACUCAACUAUUAAUGGGAGCUCUGAUAACAUUAUAAAGUAUACUGUAACUGAAAGUGUUGAGGAACGUCUCAGGAAUUUGGCUCGUGCUAUUUGGAUAAAGAAAUACCCUGUUCUAUUGCAGGGACCUACAUCCAGUGGCAAAACUAGCCUUGUUCAGCAUCUUGCUGCAAUAACAGGUCAUGAAUUUGUAAGAAUAAAUAAUCAUGAACAUACCGACUUGCAAGAAUAUCUUGGUUCCUAUAUAACGGAUGCUUCUGGGAAGCUCGUCUUCCAUGAAGGUGUACUGGUGAAGGCUGUACGAAAUGGGUAUUGGAUAGUUCUGGAUGAGCUUAACUUAGCUCCAUCUGAUGUGCUGGAAGCAUUAAACCGAUUACUAGAUGAUAAUAGGGAGCUUUUUGUGCCUGAGUUGCAGGAAACUAUUCAUGCAGAUGAAAAUUUUAUGCUUUUUGCCACUCAGAAUCCUCCGGGUUUUUAUGGUGGGCGUAAAAUGCUUUCUCGAGCUUUCCGCAAUCGUUUUGUAGAAAUUCAUGUUGAUGAAAUUCCUGAAACUGAGUUGAGUACAAUCUUAUUAGAGCGGCGCCCUGGAAUUUCUAAAAAGAUGGCUAAGCAAAUGAUUAUUGUGAUGAAGGAAUUGCAAUUGAAAAGGCAGAUGAGCAAAGUUUUUGCUGGGAAACAUGGGUUCAUUACUCCGCGAGACUUGUUCCGGUGGGCUGAUCGUUUCAUAGAACUUGGGGGUGGUUCUGAUGUGGAUUUGGCCCGAGAUGGUUAUUAUCUUUUGGCAGAGAGGCUUCGGGAUGAAGGCGAGAAAUGUGUUGUUCGAGAAGUUUUGGAAAAAAAUUUCCGUGUUAAACUUGAUGAAGACAACUUGUACUUUCAGCGUUGCUAUAAAGUGCGGGAACCUGUACUUCUUGUUGGUGAAACAGGGGUUGGGAAGACAACCGUCUGUCAGUUGCUGAGUAUUCUUUUGGGUUCAAAAUUGCACAUCCUGAACUGUCAUCAGUACACCGAAACCUCUGAUUUUCUUGGGGGGUUUUAUCCUAUUCGGGAGAGAUCGAGAUUAACAUCAGAUUUUAAAAGAACAAUUGAAGAAUUGUUGAUGACAGAGGCCUUUAACCAGUUUCAUCUGGACUAUACCGUCUCUUCGGACAUUGGUCAAGCCUCUACAACAUUGUCCAAUCUGAACAAAAUGAUAAAAGAUUACAAACAAGGUCAGAUUUUAAAUCCUGAUGUCACCAAGCACAAUCUGAUGACUUUGGAAGGGAUAAUGCUGAAGCUUUCUGAGAUGCACCAAGAGUGGCAGAAAAUGUUUGUAUGGCUGGAUGGACCCCUUGUUCAGGCAAUGAGGAGUGGUGAUCUCUUUCUGGUGGAUGAAAUUUCCUUGGCUGAUGAUAGUGUACUUGAGAGGUUGAACAGCGUCUUGGAGCCAGAGAGAACACUGUCUUUAGCUGAGAAAGGAGGUCCUGAUCUGGAGAAAGUUGUGGCUCACGAGAGAUUCUUUUUGCUUGCGACAAUGAAUCCUGGUGGUGAUUUUGGUAAGAAAGAACUGUCUCCCGCCCUUCGUAAUCGGUUCACAGAGAUAUGGGUUCCCACUAUUGGUGAUAGAGGUGAGCUUGAAAGUAUUGGUCUUGCAAGGAUAACCUCCCCGAAGCUCUCAUCCAUUUUGGAUCCUUUGCUGAAUUUUUGGGAGCAGUUCAACAAUCUAAAAACAGGGAGAACACUUACUGUGAGAGAUCUGCUGUCUUGGAUUGAUUUUAUUAAUGUGACUGAAAACAACUUAGGAUCUGAGUCUGCAUUCCUUCAUGGGGCAUUCCUUGUUUUGCUUGAUGGACUGAGUUUAGGGAGUGAAAUUUCAAAAGGGAACGUCAUAGAUCUGAGGAAUGAAUGCUUCAAAAUCCUUUUAAAGCAACUGAAGGGAAACGUUACUGAAUUGGAGUACUCAAAACUUGCAAGAAUUCAAAACUAUGGUUGGGGCAAUCCUGAUACAACUGAAGGUGAUUUGUGCAGUGAUAGCAUGCAGUGUGACAAUAUUUUUGGUGUGGAUCCGUUCUAUAUAGAAAAAGGUUCUGUAAGUUUUGAUGCUGAAGGGUUUGAGAUUUUGGCACCAACCACCAGGAGAAAUGUAUUGCGGGUACUUCGAGCUAUGCAGCUUCCCAAACCUGUUCUAUUAGAAGGUAGUCCAGGUGUUGGGAAAACUAGUUUGAUUGUUGCAUUGGGCAAGUUUUCUGGUCACAAUGUUGUCAGGAUAAACUUGUCUGAGCAGACUGAUAUGAUGGACUUGUUGGGUUCUGACUUACCGGUUGAAAGUGAUGAAGGAAUGAAGUUUGCCUGGUCCGAUGGGAUCCUUUUGCAGGCUUUGAAAGAAGGCUCUUGGGUUUUGCUUGAUGAACUUAAUCUUGCUCCACAAUCUGGUUUGAAUGCUAUUCUGGAUCAUCGAGCUGAAGUGUUCAUUCCAGAGCUGGGUUAUACUUUUAAGUGUCCCUCAUCCUUCAGAAUAUUUGCUUGUCAAAACCCUUCCUAUCAAGGUGGUGGCAGAAAAGGCCUUCCAAAAUCUUUUCUCAACCGUUUCACUAAGGUGUAUGUGGAUGAGUUGGUUGAGGAUGACUAUCAUUUUAUCUGUAGUUCACUUUUUCCAUCGAUUCCUAUACCUCUUCUUUCAAAACUGAUUUUGUUUAAUAAACGGUUGUAUGAAGACACUAUGGUGUAUCACAAAUUUGCUCUGGAAGGUUCUCCUUGGGAGUUUAAUCUACGAGAUGUUAUUCGAUCAUGUCAAAUCAUACAAGAUGCACCCUCUGAGUCCGAAGAUUAUUGCUUCCUGGACAUUGUCUAUGUUCAACGGAUGCGUACUGAAUCAGACCGAAGAAAAGUCCUACAGCUAUAUGAGCAGAUUUUUGAGAUAAAGCCAUAUAUAAAUCCUUAUCCACGAGUUCACCUCAAUUCUGAAUACUUAAUGGUUGGAAAUACUGCCGUAAGAAGGAAUUGUGUCCAGUCAUCUAAACUUCCUAGCAGCACACUUAAAAUUUUGCCUGGAAUUCGUCAAAGCUUAGAAGCUACCACACAAUGUGUAGAGCAUCAAUGGAUGUGUAUCCUGAUUGGUCCAGCAUCCUGUGGUAAGACUUCAUUGGUCAGGUUACUGGCUCAGCUCACUGGAAACGUACUAAAUGAAUUACAUCUUUCAUCUGGGACUGAUAUUUCUGAAAUACUUGGAUGCUUUGAGCAAUAUAAUGCCUUCCGAAACUUCCGCUCAGUUGUUGCUGAGGUUGACUCCUAUGUGAAGGAGUGUUGCAGUUUGCGAUUGGAGUUUUCGAAGGAGGCAUUUUUACAUGAUAGCAAGGGUCUUAUUACAAGAUGGUUUUCUUUCGUAUCGAACGUAAAUUGUGAUUCUAUUUCUUGUUUUAGUUCUAAUUUUUUGGAAGAUAGAGUGAAAUUUUCCAAUUCUCUUACUUUGUUAAUGGAGAUUGUUGAACAUCUAAUGUUGUUCGUGGAAAAAAAUGUUCCAUCCAUAUCUUGGUCAAGCAAAGAACUUGAUAGAGUUAUGAGGACAAUCAUCAAGUUGCAAGAAGGUUAUGAGAAAGGACCCUUUUCAGUAAAGUUUGAAUGGGUUGCGGGAGUAUUGAUAAAGGCUGUAGAACGUGGAGAAUGGAUUGUUCUAGAGAAUGCGAAUUGUUGUAAUCCCACGGUACUUGAUAGGAUCAACUCUUUAGUAGAGCCGUCUGGAUCAAUUACAAUUAAUGAGCGUGGGGUUGUUGACGGAAAACCAGUUGUCAUCCAACCGCAUCCUGAUUUUCGGAUGUUCCUCACUGUUAACCCUAGUUAUGGUGAAGUAUCCCGAGCAAUGAGGAACAGAGGAGUUGAAAUAUUUAUGAUGCAGCCAAAUUGGCUACUAGAUGAGAGCAGCAGAUACAAUUGUGAGGAGACUGAGCUAAAUGAUGUGAAAAGAUUUCUUGUUCUCUCAGGUGUUCCCUUUGCUAAAGUGGUGCAUUCUAUGGCGAAAUCACAUGUAUAUGCUAGAGGAGAAGGAUUACGUUUUGGUGUUUCCAUCACGUAUCUUGAGCUUGCUCGCUGGGUUCAGUUGUUCAAACAACUUCUCAUGAACGGAAGCCAGCCUUUGUGGAGCCUUCAAACAAGUUGGAAGCAUAUAUACCUUAGUACUUUCGGUGAGGCUGUCGGAGGAAAUGUUAUUAGUCAUGUGAAAUGCACAUAUUUAUCAGGAACUGAAUUGUGUGAAUCUGACUCGUCACUGCGUCCAUCUUUGUGUUUGCCUGGAGGAUGGCCGACGCCAUUGAAGCUGCGGGAACUCGUGUGGCACUCGAAACAAGCUCUUGUGAAGACUAAUUGCAUGUACCUUGAGUUUCUGGGGGCUAAGUAUGCGUCAUACAAAUUUCAACACGCGAGGAGCAGGGGUAUGGGGUUGUUAAAUGAAACUAUGGUUCACAGGGCUUCCACUUUUUUGACUUUAAUCUCCGUUGAGAAUACUGAAGUUGAUAAGGUAUUGGCCAAGGUUGAGAAAAAGCUAUUGUUUGCUGCCAAAUGGGCCAUUGAACAGGCUACUGAAAGUGAUCUCAAGCUGUACCUUCUGUGGUUCAGCUGGUUUCAUUCUCGAUUACAGCCUUUCUGUCAGUUCUUUGAUUAUUUUGUAAAGUCAAUUGCACUAAGUAUGGAUCAUCCUGUUUGGGAAUAUACGUCCAUUCGAUGCCAUGACCUUGCAUCUCUUCACAAAGUAGAAUUUGAAAAGCAGCUGAUACCACUGCUCUCAUUAGGGUUGGUUGAUGUGAUUGAAUCAGAUGAGAAGUUCAAAAUAUCCAGUGAGUUUCUCCACAGUGCUGUGAAGUACGUCGAGCAACUGAGGCUCACUUAUCAAGAGUGGAAUAAUGAGGACAGCUAUGCGUCAAAGGAAGCUUGUUACUUUGAAGAAGUCUUAAAAUGUUUGCGGAAAGAGAGCAAUAAUCUGGACAGUUCUUCGCGCUUCCACUCAGGGAAGUCCUUGCUGUGGGUUCAUGGUGGUCACCCAAUUUUGCCGUCUUCUUCUAAACUGUUUGAAAAGCAGCUUCAGAUUUUGGAACUUUGUGAGUCGGUUUGGCCAACUAGAACAGGAUUAUUUGUCCAUGUGAAUGAUCCUCUGAUUGGAGUAGUUUCUGAUCUUCGCUCCUUUGUCUUGGAAGGUGUUUCCAUGUCAUCAUGUAUCACUGGGAAAUCGGAUUCUUGCGAGGAUGAGGACCAUGUUCAACAGUUGGAUCGCAUUUAUCAGAAGCUUUUGCAAUUGUUUGUAAAGGAAAGAAUCAAAAUUGAGGAGACUUCAUGGUCGAACAAGAUUUUUUGCGGAGCGAAUGGAUCUUUCUGUUGUUCUUUGUGCAUCGUGGCAUUAGGUCAGGCAUAUGGGUACGGCUGUUGGCAGGACGUAUUUCCCUUGAUGGAUAGUACAAGCUUUGCCCUGGAUAUGAAGCUACUUCAGGAACUAUCAUCUGUCAUUCUGGUCAAUAACAAAAGAUUACAUCUGGAUUUAGCCAAAGUAUCUAGCCAUCUGAAGUAUGCGUUGAAAUUCUCAUUGAGUAAUUCAUCUAGACCACCUCAAAUGUUUUCUCCCCAUCAAAAGAUUCUGUGGAUACUGGAUGUGUGGAGUUCAGUUGAUGCAGUCAAUGAAAAAGUUUCCAGCUUCGUACUUGAGAUGUGGUUCAGGUGGCAUCAAUCGUUGUGGAUGUAUUGCCCUGUUUCUGUCAAGAGCUUCUCAAGCACUGCUGUUUAUGAUAUUCCAGUACCUGAUGUUCUCAUUCAGCCGGUGGUAACAGCAACCGUAUUCCAGAUACUGCAAAGCACACCUGCCAUCAAGGAUUAUUUUGUGAGCUCUCUGAAGCUUAGAGUUGCAUCAUGUAAUCUUUGGCGUGGCUCUCUGCCAGGAGCAAAUUUACCUUUUUUUCUACUUUCCGCUGCUCGCUCUCUGUUCCAGCAGAUCAUAUAUGCACAUGAGAAAUCUUUUAAUGCUGAUCAAUUCGCUAAAGUCAAGUCAGUUUUAGAGCAAGGAAGCGGUCUUGUGGUAUCUCUUAUUUCGAAGUCAAGUCAUCAUGGGCUGAAAGACUCGGUGGAUAUGUUUAUCAAACCACUGCUUCAAAACCUCUAUCCUCAUUGCACAUCUAAAGAGCCUGGAUUUAAUCAUGGGUGUGCUUGGCUGCGGCUUGGGAUAUUACGUCUUAAACUAUUGCUCUGCGGUGAUGAUAUGGAUCCCGCCAUGAAAUACCAUUGCAAGAAUUCACUGUUAGCAGAGAAGAUAUCUUUGCUAAAACUUGAAAUUCAGGUUCGGCAAAAAUGCGAAUACUUGGCAGGGCAGAUUUCUACAAGAUAUUCUCAUGAAAAAAGGGCUCAGGCAUUGAACAAGCUUGAAGCUGAGCACAAAAGGCUGCAGAGAAAGAUCGUCUUCCGCUCUGACUACCGGAAAUUUAAGGGCUUAAAACAUGAAUGUGAUGAGUUUCUUGAACGUGUUACAUCUGAUGAGUUUUUUCAACAUGUUACGUCUGAUACAUUUUACAAAUACGUCACAUGCUCAGAAAUUUUAGUUGGUAGUGUUGAUGCCGUUAACUUACAACAGAUUCUUGACCAAGGCUCUAACUGGCAGAAAAUGGCAACCGGUUUUAUUGAACAACUAUUGUCAGAUGAUUACCGUGAGUACACUGAUAUUGUUCAACCAGUUCUGGUUGCAUUAUAUGAAAUAAAAUUGGGCUUGGGGCUGAUUCUGGCAAGUAUCGUGCAAAAAAUGAUCCUGACUAAAGUUGAGCUGGACGAUGCAAAUAUGAUUAUGGGGUCUAUUUGUUCAUUUAUGAGAUUCCCUCGAGUAUCUGCUUCCAAGAGCAUUUCUGUCAACUUAAACACUGGCUCAACUGAGGAUAUAAGUCUUCUCGAGAAGUUGAUUACUUUUUCCAGUGGCGUUCUGACUAAUAAAAUGGUCUCUGUUACACAACUUAAAACUACUCUGCACCGAAACAUUCUUGUCCGUGUUUCACAUUCUGUUGCUAAUGCGCGGCUGAUGGAUUAUGCAUCCUUUAUGCUCCUGGAUAAGACAUAUAGUGAGAUUACAGAUCAUUGGAUGAGUAUGAAGAUUCAAUCUAAAAACAAACAGGACUAUGCUUCUUUGAAAUUCAAGUUUAAGCCUCGUGCGUUUACACUUGAGAGUAUCAUUGACCUUGAUAUAUCGGCUCUUGGGAAGACAUUAGCAAAUCAAAGUUUUUUAGAUUGGAAGGAAUUUAUUUCUGCAGAUCAACAUAUUGAGAGGGAGGAAGCUCCGGAGGAACAAGAAGAUUUGGAGAGGGAAUUGAAGUUCAUGGAGGAUUCCAUUGUGAAGGACGUGGUCAAGACUCACAAUCAGUUAUUUGGGUCAAAUAAUCUUGUUCUAGCUCCGGGUGCUUUCCAUGUCAAUGAUCUCGACAGAAUUCUUUCAUUCACUGAUUCGCAUACAAUUGGAGUAGGGAUGGUCAGAGGUUUAGGGGGUUCAUUUCUUUCCAGUUUGGAUGCUUUACUUGUACCAGAGAAUUUGUUUCAUAUUUGUGUGGAGCAUGAGUGGAAGUUUGUUUCUUCUGACACGUCAGCCCGUAAAUACAAUAUUUACAAGGACCCAAAUGCUCCGAAGAUGUAUGAAAUGGUGAAAUUGCUUACUGCUCUUAAGCAGCAAAUUCAUUCCCUUUUAAAUGAGUACGAAGAACAUCAUGAACUUCAGAGAAUCUUAGAUUCAGUUGAAAUGCUUUUGAAUAUUCCCCUGAGCACGUCCCUAGCUAAGGCUCUGUCGGGAUUGCAGUUUCUAAUUAACAAACUCCGUUUAUUACAAGAAAAUGGCUCGCGCUUCACUUUCUCUGAUCAAGUGAAGCCUAUUUGCGAUCUUGUGCUCUUGUGGCAAAGGAUGGAGUUGGAGUCCUGGCCUGCCUUGCUUGAUGAGGUUCAGGAUCGUUAUGAGAUUAAUGCUGAAAAGUUAUGGUUUUCUCUUUAUUCAGUUCUACGACACAGGCUUUCUUCUGAUGUUGUUGAAUACCAAAAAUCUACUACCGAAAGUUUGGAGGAGUUCAUUCAUUCAUCCAGCAUUGGUGAAUUUAGAAAACGCCUUCAACUUCUUUUUGCUUUCCUUGGCCAAAUAAAUACUGGUAUAAGCCUACAGGUUUAUUCAAGUGGUUGUGAGAAGAAAAAUGUGAAGAUUUUGUACAAUGCAUUUGGAUAUUACGCGCAAUUCUUACCAGCAAUUUUGGCGCACAUGGAUUCCUCUAGAAGAGAUAUUGAGAUGGAACUCAAAAGAGUACUCAAACUGUGUCAGUGGGAUCAUCAUGAGAGUGCCAUUGAAAACUUCACAAGUACAAGGCAGAAGCUGAGGAAAAUUAUAAAGAAGUACACAGUGGUUCUGGAACAACCUGUAAUUGUUUUCCUUAGCCAACAUAUGGUGAAAGGGGCUGAAACCCAACCUCAACAAGGUCAAAAGUUCUUCGUGGAUGAUGUGAACCGAAAAAUAGGGACGAUGGAUGCUCCUUUUGAUUUGACAGUGUUUAAUGAUGAAGACAGGUGUACGUGGUACACUGGUUGGAUAAAAGAAGCAGAUGCUGCUCUGAAGAAGUUACGAUGUGACAGAACACUUGAAUUUGGAUAUUCAGAGUCUAAAGGUGCCAACAGUCUUUGCUCAGAAGUUGCAGGAAUAUUAAGGCAAUGCUCAGCUUCUCUGUCCGCUUAUCCUCUAUACACAGACGAAUGGCAUGCUGUGUGGCACACACUUCAAAAUAUCUUUGAUGGUGCUGUGGAUUGCUGUGAUCUGUGGAAGGAUGCAAGCAAGAGUCAAAAGAAAAGGCGGGCUUUUUCUUACCUUCUAAAUCUUUUAAAAAGCAGUGGGUUGUCGAGGGACAUAUUUACUGAGGAUGAAGUUAAAUCUUGGUGGUUCGUUCAUCCAUCAUAUGAUGUUCAGCAUCUUCUGCUGACACAAAGUAGACUUCCCCACGGAGAUUCUGAUGCUGCUCUUCCUUUGCCCUAUCAAGAUCUUGUUACUGAAUGGAAAACAACCAAUGAAUACUACUUCAGUAGCAUAGCAUCUGUGCUCUUUACUCACAAACAGAUUGGCAGGCCGGACCCUUUUCUUCACCAGCUCAUCAAAAUACAAAAAAAUCAACAUAAAGCUGCCCCUUUUCUUCACCAGCUCAUCAAAAUACAAAAAAAUCAACAAAAAGCUAUCAAUAAAUUUGCAGAGCAGUUGAGGGACUUGAAGGAAUGCAUUUCUACUUUGGAGAAUUUGGAUUCCACUGAUUCUGAGGAUAAAAGUGGCAAUUGCUCUAUUGGUCAAAAGCAACAUGCAACCUUCAAAUACAUGUGGCAGCAGAAGCAACUAUUUGAUAGUUUGUGUGCCACUUCGCAUGAAGAAUUGUUGCUGCUAAAGACAUUUGAUAAUACCCAUUUAAAGGGUUGUCAAACUGUCAAGAAUGAAGGAAAUGAGUUUAUUGCUUCCAUCGAGAAAUUUAUUCCAGUUCUACAGAAAUCUAAGGAAUCAUUGGACAAUUACCUUCUUGGUCCUGAUAGAGCUAUAGUUACUCUUGCUGGCUCCUCGAAAUGCAUUCUUAUUUCAAAAGACAUGGAACAAUUGGUGUCUCAAAACUUCGAGGUUUUAAAGGAGUUUGAGGAGCAUCUUCUUGUUUUCCAUGCGAAAGAUGUGGAUAAAAGCUCAGUUGAAGAUAUUUUGCUCGGUCAUUUUGUAGAUAUAUUUGAGAAGGGGAGGUCAAUGGAAGUGGAGUUCAAUUCAGUGAUGGAUGAGAAAAAUGUGUCAGUUGGUGAACUCGAAAAUGCAUUUUGGGAAGCCCUAAGAAGUACAUUUGAACAUAUCGUGGGGGCAAUGCAAAAAUUAGGUUCACCAAGUAAUGACCAUGUUCAUCCAGACAAAUUGGGGCAAAUUACGUCCUGGGAAAAAGUAUUUGACUCAUUUUUGAAAAAUCUGAGCUUGGACGAUUUACGCAAUAAACUUCUGGGGACAAUCUUUUAUGCUGGAGAACUGGUGAAUCAUUGCGGUGGAAAUUCUCUGAGUCUUUUACUCAGAAUUGAAGCACAUUUUAAACAUCUUUGUAGGUGUUUGGACAUCUUAUUGAACUUUGGUCAUGCUCUGAUGAAAGAACUUUUAGCUAUGUGCAAAACUGUAUCUUUAAUAAUUCAUAAGCUUGCAAACGUUUUAGCUUUAUAUUCAAAGGGAUCUGGGAUUUCUUCUGAAGACAAAGAGGAUGAUGCUACUGGUGAUAUAUCUCAAGAUAAAAAAGGAACAGGUAUGGGAGAUGGUGUUGGCCUGAAUGAUGUCAGUGAUCAGAUUACCGAUGAAGAUCAACUUCUUGGAAUAUCUGAGAAGGCUAGCGAAGAACAAGAUGCCUCAGGUGAAGUCCCAAGUAAAAAUGAUAAAGGCAUAGAGAUGGAGGAGGAUUUUGCAGCUGAUACAUUUAGUGUCAGUGAAGACUCUGAAGAUGAUGCAAAUGAAGAUGAUGCAGAUGAGCAUUUAGAAUCUGCAAUGGGAGAAACAGGAGUUGAUGGUGAAACUGUUGAUGAGAAACUAUGGAAUAAGGAUGAAGAUGAAAAUGUCAAUAAUUCAAAUGAGAAGUAUGAAUCUGGGAAUUCAGUUAACGAUAGGGAUGCAAGUUCUAGGGAGCUUAGAGCCAAGGAUGACUCUGCUGCCGCCACCAACGAGCCUGGAGAGCUUGAUUUAAAUGAAAUUGAUGAAGAUAAUGGUGAGAUUGGAAGCCAGGAUGAUCUCAAUGAUGUCGAGAGUGUUGAUGACAUGAACCUGGACAAACAAGAAGCAGUUGUAGAUCCUACAGGAUUAAAUCCCGAUGAUUUGAAUCAAAAUUCUGAUGAACCUAUGGAGUUGGAUGAUCCUGAAAUGCAUGAUGAGCAUGCGGAGAAUGAAGACCAUGAAGAAGAACAUGCAUUUUCAACUGAUGAAACCAUGGGAGAGGCAGAGACAGAACAAAUAGAUGCAACUCCUGAAAGGGAUGACGCAAGUAAGGAUCAUGAAGAUAAUCCUGACAUAAAUUCAGGAUUAAGUAAGGAUGUAUUCGAACUGGGAGAGUCUGACUCAAUGCGUGAUGAUGUGCCCAACACAGAACCUACAACACAACCUAAGAGUGACUUGAAGGCAUCAGAUCCAAGAGAUGUAGCACCAGAAUCAAACUGGGCAAAUAGCAAUGAUAUUCAUAAUGAGCUUACUCCUAUGAGAGGUUUACCUUCCACAAAUACCUCAGAGCUGGAUAUGAUGAUUUCUGAGGCAUCAGAUAAUGGUAAAAAUGUUGCUGAGCAACCAAAAAGUCAACUUCCUAGGCAAGAAUCUUCAUCUGAGAGGAAAAGCAAACCAAACCCUUACCGUAGUGUUGGGGAUGCACUCAAGGAGUGGGAGGAAAGAGUUAAAGUGUCUGUUGAUCUUCAGGAAGGUGAGGUGGAGCCACAAGAUGAGAUCAAGAAUGAAAAUGCAGAUGAGUUUGGAUACGUUUCUGAGUAUGAAAAGGGGACAGCUCAGGCUUUGGGACCUGCAACAUCUGAACAGAUUGACAGAAAUGUAGAUGGUAAUAAGUCCAAUGCGGGUGAAGAUGAUCGUACAACGCAUAAAGAUGGCCUUGUUGACAUGGAAAUUGAGAAUAAAAAAUAUGAAGCACAGCCUAGCAGGAGUCGUGCUCCAAUGCUCCAAGAUAAGAUAGAGGAUCAGAUGCAUCUUUCUGGUAUAGAAAAAUUGCCAGGCGAUGAGUAUCAAGAUAUUCAUAGCCGUCAUGAUGGUGAUCCCGAAAGCAUAGUAGAGGAUGUAGUUUCUGUGCAGACGUCCUACUUCAGUGAUGACAUGCAUCAGCUCAGUAAACUUUCUGUAAAUGACAGUGACAUGGGAAAAGCACAAGUUGCUGGCGAAUUUUCUGAUGAUGUUGUGGGCAAUGCUACUGUUCUCUGGAGAAGAUAUGAGCAGACCACAACAAGAUUGUCCCAGGAAUUGGCUGAACAAUUACGUCUUGUCAUGGAGCCUAAUCGAGCCAGCAAGCUUGAAGGGGAUUAUAAGACAGGCAAGCGGAUUAACAUGAAGAAGGUGAUUCCAUACAUGGCCAGUCAUUAUCGGAAAGAUAAAAUAUGGCUGAGACGGACCCGUCCUAACAAACGUGAUUAUCAAGUUGUCAUUGCUGUUGAUGAUUCCCGUAGUAUGUCUGAGAGCUGCUGUGGUGAUGUUGCUAUUGAAGCUUUGGUAACGGUAUGUCGUGCAAUGUCCCAACUAGAAAUGGGCAACCUGGCUGUUGCAAGCUUUGGAAAGAAAGGUAACAUAAGGUUGCUACAUGACUUCGAUCAACCUUUUACUGGAGAGGCUGGAAUCAAGAUGAUCUCGAGUUUGUCAUUCAAGCAGGAGAAUACCAUUGCUGAUGAACCAGUUGUUGAUCUUUUGAAGUAUCUAAACAACAAGCUAGAUGAAGCAGUUGGAAGAGCACGACUUCCCUCUGGAUGGAACCCACUAGAACAGCUCGUUUUGAUUAUUGCGGAUGGUCGUUUCCAUGAGAAAGAGAACUUGAAGCAGUGUGUUAGGGAUGCCUUAGCUAGAAAACGUAUGGUUGCAUUUUUGCUUCUUGAUAAUCCACAAGAGUCCAUAAUGGACCUCAUGGAAGCAUCUUUCGAGGGUGGGAAUAUUAAAUUUUCGAAGUACAUGGACUCUUUUCCUUUCCCAUUCUACAUUGUACUAAGGAACAUUGAAGCACUUCCUAGGACUCUUGCUGAUUUACUGAGACAGUGGUUUGAGCAGGCAUGCAAAAAUACUUGAGUGGCUUAAAGGUCAUUUUCCAUAGAAUCAUAGCAGGUUAACUGGAGAAUGAGGACGAUGCUUAUUGGUAGCCAAAACCAUAAACGGUAGAUUUGUUAUCCCAAGUAUAGAAACUUGUAUAGGGAAACACCCAACAAAGGGAAAAACUUGUACAGGAAACAAUUACAGUCCUCCUCAUCAAUGAAGAUCUACAAGUUCUGCGUUCUUGGCCUUUUUCUAAGCAGAAUAAAUAAAUAAAAAGUCCUUCUUUAUUGUUU